ACAGAAAAAAAGAGAUUAGUUUGUUUGUUCGUCGAUGUGUUGGCGAUGCCUCGGGGCUCCUGCAGGGGGCGACGUGAAGGCUCCGGCUGUGUUGUAUUCUUCAUCUUUCUGCCACGACUGCUGUUUACGAGUCAUCCUGAACAUGACUGAUGGCUGUAAUCAGGAGCAGGAGAGGAGUGCAGAUACAUCAGAUUCAGAUAAUGAUUCUUUAAGCUUGUUGUGUAAUCUUGUUGUCUGCCAAAGCAGAGGAGGAGCUGGAGACAUGGAGAUGGGUGAUUUCAAUUCACAAGUUGGCAACAAAGAGCAGGAAAAUGAAAUGGAGCUAAAUCAACUCCAAGAACCUGAGUCAGGGAUUUCCAGCUGCACUCAGUCUGCAGCAUGCUGGGCAAAUUCUACAUCUCAAUUAGCAGCAAAUGUCUUGCAUCGUGUGAAAAUCCCCAACAAGUCACGGCUUCACAAGAGAAACGGGAAGGGAGAGACUCUUCUGCACAAAGCAUGCAAGAGAAGAGAUCUGGCACAGGUCAAAGCACUCGUUGGAGCUGGGAUCAGCGUCAACAUGCAGGAUUACGCAGGCUGGUCAGCUCUCCAUGAGGCCUCUGCUGUGGGUGACGAGGCAGUGGUUGAGGAGCUGCUGGAGUCUGGAGCUAACGUAAACGCUAGAAGCUUUGAUGGUGUCACACCCCUACAUGAUGCUGUUUUAUCUGGAUGCUGCCAGGUAGUGAAGCUUCUCCUUCAGCGUGGGUCAAACCCCAGUGAAAGAAAUGUCAGUGGCCUCAGUGCACUAGACAUGGCGGAGGAAGGUAAUAUCAAAGAGCUGCUCUUAACUUCCCAGGAAUCUUCUCUUAUGCAUGAGAAGCCUUGUGAGGCACCAGCACAUGACAGCCAAGUAGGUGAGACAUCCUCAGAGGCUCGCUGCCACAUGCAGCUCCCCUGGCAGAGUGGCUUUAGUCACAGCCACGAUGACAAGGCAAGUGUUCAAUCCAGAGAGUCAGGUGACAGAGAAGGAGCCAGAGAGCCUGGUGACAUUCAGCUGGGAAAAAAAGACACCACCACUGAUAAUCUGAGUCACCUAGAGGCCAUCACAGUGCGUUUGGAGGAGGUGGGGAGAAAACAAAGAGAAAUAUCAACUUGGCCUCUCGUAGGUCCGGAGGAUGCAGGGAGAUAUCUUUCUGCUGUAACACAUACCCACAAUGUGCUGGUUGAGGUGCUCACCAAACAGCAUCUGGAGAAGGAUAAUCUUACCCAAAAAUACUGGAACAUGUCUGACUACCUUUGGCAACAUGGCAACAACAGUCAAUUCGUUACGCUGGCUUCACAUCAGAGGAUCUUGGUAGAGCUCCUCCAGAAUCAGAUGGAUUUGGAAGAGGUGUAUGCAACUGUGAAGGCCAAACUAUCCACUCAGGCUCCAGACAGUUCAAGCAGUACAGUAUGGAGACAGUGGACAGAUGACUCCUCCACUGCAGCAUCCAAAGCUGCUGAAGCACACAGCUGUAAUCAAAACAGUCAAAGAAAGGAAAGCCAAAGCCCAUAUACAAAGGCCUGUCUGUUAAGAUCAGCAUCUCCAGACGAUGCCAAGGCCCCUACUGUGCCCACACCUCCUGCUCCAUUACUAAGCCAGGGAAGAAGACUCACUUGCACGCUGAUGUGCUGAAAAAGAAGACCAGAAGCUAUCAGAGCAUGGACUACUUUCAGAUUACACCAAAUAAUGGAAUGAUACAGCCAGGAGCUGAAGACAAAAGCAGAGGUCUGUGUAAGCUCAUACAGAGGGAAGUCGUGCCACCUGGAAGUACUCUACAGGUGCACUUGAAGGGUCACUGGCACCUCGCUCAUGUGUGGGACGAUGGCUCGAUAAAAGACGCUAAAGGCAAGUCAUACUUGGCUCCAGAAGAGUGGCUGGAGUCUAUCCUUGGUAACAAGACCCCUGUCAGCUCAGCAUGCGCUUGGGACAAGGUGAUGUUCAGAGACAAACCUUUGUCUUAUUACUUAUUGAACAUGGAGUCUGAGGGAAACACACCGCAGACAUGUCCUGAGGAACCCUGCAGGGCCGGAUCUUCUCAGGAGGAAAUGCCCACAGACGCCGACGGCCUGAGCCUUCUCAUGAACAUCAAAAUAAUCCAUUUGGUGGACGAUGAGGAACUGAUGCCAAAAGCGGAGCUUGACCACUACUGGGAGAAGCUCGUGAAGAGCGACUUUUCAGAGAGUGAAGACUGGUGGAAUGAAGUGUUACAAUAAUUAUCUCUCCCCACACUUUGUUCACUGAGAGUCGAAGUUGUUGAGUUUAACAAACACAAAUUACAGGAGUCUGUUCUUGUCUGUAAGUGUAUUUCAGUUUUCAUGUUGUAAACUAAAGCUACAAGCAAUACGGAUGCUCUGCAUGUCUUAACAUUGAGUUCAGUGUUGCCCAGUUACGUCAUGCUUGCUCAGGAGCACUGUUCAGCUCCUUUCAGUAUGUGCACUAUAAAACGGGAUAUUUUAAAGUGGCAUUAAACCAAAACAAUUAAA